AUGUUCACCAAAGCAACAGCAUUUUCGGCUCUCAUUGCCGUGGCCUAUGCCCGGUUCGGUCAAGAACAAAUCCCAAUUCCAGCCAUUGCUGCCGUCCAAGGUGGUGCUUCCGGUGCUGCCCAAACAAUUGCUGGUGCAGCUGUGAGCGAUUUGCUUGCUGGCUCGAACGCCUGCGACAAGCUCACGCGUGGUGAUCAAAUCAUUGCUGAGCUUGGUACCGGGGCUGAUGCCAUUGCCGCCGCUAUUGGCAUUGUGGCCGCCGAGAAGAACUUCAAUCCGUUUGCUCAGUCAAUUCCCACCAUCUGCAGCGAUCCUACUUUGCCGGCCACGGAUGUGCUUCGAGGCAUCACGCCUUUGAUUGACCCCGCAGUCGUCGGUUCAGACAUUGCCAACGCCUUGUCUGCUCAAACUGCGGAAACGCCUCUUGAUGCCACAGGCAAGAGUGUUGCGGACUUGCUGGCUGAAAACGGAUUCACCAACUUCACCACUCAAGAUGCUUCCGGAGCUACCGGUACAGCACCAGCUGGUGACGCUGCAGCCGAUACUGGUGACACCGUCGCCGUCACUUCCACGGUUGAUACUGCCGUUGCCGCCGCUGCAGCAACCGAUGAAUGCGCUGCUGCAGUUGCUUCUGCCUUGGCCUCAACCACCACCGCCUCGAAUGCUACAGCUACUAACACCACUGAUGCUGUGGCAGCCGUGGAGACAACAGCGGCAGCGGCAACGGGCAAUACCGCUGAAGCUUCUACCGUCGCCGGAGCCGACUUUGGUCUCUGCGUGCCCACCAUGAAGUUCGAAGGUGGCCUCGGUGGACGUCCUGCCACUGAAUUCACCUUCCUUCCCAUCGACCCCUUGUGCGCCCAGGGUCAGCAGGAGGCAUUAAAUCCAAAUAUCAUCGCCAAUCGAAUUUGCGACCAACUCACCAACGUCUGCGAGGCCAACGACGCUGCCAAAUCCUUGUGUAGCGAUGCCCAGGCUCAGAUCGAAGCCCUGGGAACUCGUGACAAGACCACCGCCGAUACUUGGAACACCCUCCUCGGCUUCGAAGGCGCGGUCACCAACCCAGACGGCGGCCCGGCAGAGCCUCCUGCUAGGAUGAGAAUGGUUCGAUCAUAUGUGAAUUACAGAUCAUAUAAGGCCUGA